UUGAAAUAAAAGGUCGAAAUCAUCCACCACAAUUUAACAUAUACAAAAUUAAUUCAGGGGGUAAACAUAGGAAUAGUAUAAAAGGCACAUAUAUUCUCGUUAUCAAAACCAUAACAACAUACUUCAGGCACAUCCAAACGUUAGUGGGUUCUCAGAACUUCAGCAAAAGGCAGUGUAAAAACGAUGUCAGGAUCAUUUUCAGGAAAAAGGGAAAUUGAGGGAGAACCUGAGCCGCCGCUAUAUGAUGAACCUUCAGCAGCUGUAAACCGUCCACAACAAACAUCGGAAAAUAAACUUUCAACAGAAAGUGAACCUUCUCGACUCCGUUCAGAGAAGACGCAAAAGGAGGGAUAUGAACCAAUUGGCGAACUCUCUUCUUCUCUGAUCGAAAAGGCCAAACAAAAGAAGAAACCAACGAAAACUGCUCACGAGAAAAGCAAGAAGACAUCAAAAAAAGGUUUUUUGUCAAAAACGCUUCCAAUCCUCUUUUUAAUUUUUAGGAAAGAAAAAGAAGUCGCCAGAUGCCUCCCGUAG